GGCGAUGAUAUUCAUGUCAAAUUGCCGAUUUCUUUUUUGGAUGCGAUUUUGGGAAGCAGUGUCGAAGUAAUUACGCUCGAAGGGGUAGAAAAAGUUUCGGUGCCUGCCGGCACGCAAAAUG